UCAGUUCUAUCUCUCGUUUUCUUUUCCGCUCCGAUCUCUUCCGCCUUCCGAUGUGCAAGACCGGAAACAGACGAGAUUUUCCGAGCGCUAAAUAUCAAAAUGGCGGCGACAGUUGGUCAAUGGUCUCUGUAACUGAUUUUGCCAGUACUGUGGAAUAAUCUCAUUUGCAUUUGUGAACCCUAUGUCUAACGACCUUUACAAACAGUCAGACACAUCUUCAAUCAAUCAGCAGUAAUAACAACAAUCAAUGGUUGGAAUUUGGCCUUAAUGAACGAUGUGUGAAAACUGUACAGAGCUAGUGGAGGUUUUAAAUGAAAUUUCUGAACUUGACAGUACUGACAAUUUACAGUUGAAGAAAGAACAUGCCCUUAAGAUCUUCAGCUACAUAAAUUCUUGGACCCAAAGGCAAUGUCUUUGCUGCUUCAAGGAGUAUAAGCAUCUUGAGAUCUUCAGCCAAGUAAUUUAUUCUCUAAUUAAUUUUGUGAUUGCCCAAGUUCAGUGUUUACGGGACCAGCUCUGUAAAAGUUGCACUAAUAACUUGAGUUUGGGUUGGCAAGACUCAGGUCAUCAAAGUGAUGAACUUUUAAAUGUAGAGAAAGAACCUGAAGAUGACACGGGUUAUACGGAUGACCAGAAGAAUCUAGAAAGCAAAACGGAUUCUGCAAGAAUUGGUAGCACAUGUGAGGAAUUUGAAAACUGCACUGAAACUUCCAGCGUAUGGAGCACUGAAGAAAAAGAGAAACUAUUAUUGUGUGUGGCAAAAGUCUUUCAGAUACAGUUUCCUUUGUAUACUGCAUACAAACACAGUACUCAUCCCACAAUAGAGGAUAUUUCGGCUCAAGAAAGCAAUUUAUUAGGGGCGUAUUGUGAUAUGAAUGAUGUUGAAGUUCCUUUGCACUUACUUCGAUAUGUUUGUUUGUUCUGUGAAAAAAAUGGUCUUUCACUCAUGAAGGAUUGCUUUGAAUAUGGAACUCCUGACACGCUGCCAUUUUUGAUAGCACAUGCCUUUAUCACAAUAGUGUCUAAUAUAAGAAUAUGGCUGCACAUCCCAGCUGUUAUGCAACAUAUCAUACCCUUCAGGACAUAUGUUAUAAGGUAUUUAUGUAAGCUUUCUGAUCAGGAGUUGCGUCAGAGUGCUGCCCGGAACAUGGCAGACUUGAUGUGGAGCACUGUUAAAGAACCAUUGGAUGCAGCACUGUGUUUUGACAAAGAAAGUCUCGAUCUUGCUUUCAAGUACUUUAUGUCCCCAACCCUGACCAUGAGAUUGGCAGGCCUGAGUCAAAUAACUAAUCAGCUGCAUACAUUUAAUGAUGUAUGUAACAAUGAAUCUCUGGUGUCUGAUACAGAAACGUCAAUUGCAAAAGAUCUUGCUGACUGGCUGAUCAGUAACAGUGUUAUUGAGCAUAUAUUUGGACCAAACUUGCACAUAGAGAUAAUUAAACAAUGUCAAGUCAUCCUGAAUUUCCUUGCUGCUGAAGGAAGACUGAACACCCAGCACAUAGACUGCAUAUGGGCAGCUGCACAGCUUAAACAUUGCAGCAGAUAUAUACAUGAUCUGUUUCCUUCUUUGAUCAAAAACUUGGAUCCUGUUCCAUUACGUCACCUUCUGAACCUUGUGUCUGCCCUUCAUCCUAGUGUGCACACAGAACAGACUUUGUACUUGGCGUCAAUACUUAUCAAAGCACUCUGGAAUAAUGCUCUGGCAGCCAAAGCCCAGUUGUCUAAGCAGAGUUCUUUUGCAUCCUUACUCAAUACUAAUCUCCCUUUGGGGAAUAAGAAAGUACACCAAGGAUCGUCUGUUCAGAGCCCUCAAAGCAGUGAUAACAGUGAUAUACACCAGAGUGGAGGCAGUGACAUAGAAAUGGAUGAACAGAUAAUGAACAGGAACAAGUGUGUGCAACAGCGACUUUCAGAUACGGAGGAAUCUAUGCAAGGUAGUUCAGAAGAAACUGCUAAUAGUGCAGAAGAUGCCAGUAGUGGCCCUGGAAGUAGCAGUGGAAGGAGUGAUGGGUCAAGUAAUGAAGUGAACUCUAGCCACGUUAGCCAGUCAGCAGGGAGCCCUGGAAGUGAGCUGCAUUCUGAGGACAUGGCAGAUAUUGAAGCUCUUAAAGAAGAGGAGGAGGAGGAAGAAGAAGAUGAUGAUGGGAGCCAUGGUCCUCAGAAGGAAAGCAGGAACACAGAGUUUAAAACACGAAAGUGUGAAUUGGAAACAGGUAUUUGCCUAGAUGAUUCGCAGGGUGUAACAGAACAAAAUUGUUCCAGUAAUGGAGUAGAGAAAGAUCUUCCUUUUAAAGCUGACCCAGUAUCAUCGUCAGAUAGUCGUAUUAGGAUGCUCAACUCUUGCUCACACCCACAGGAUGCUGAGAAUGAUAUAACAGAGGGCAUCCAUGCUUCACACGUACAGCGAGGGACACAGAAUUCUUGCAUUGCACAAACUGGAGACUACCUAGGAGAAGGAGUGGGGCAAGAGUUGUUUAAUUGUAGUCACUUUAUAGGACCACAACGCCACCGUCACCACCACCACCACCACCACCACCACCACCAUCAUGAAGGAAAUAUGGUUGAAGAUAUGUUGAGUGCAGAUGAUGUCAGCUGCAGCAGUUCUCAGGUCAGUGCAAAAUCUGAAAAAAAUAUGGCUGAUUUUGAUGGGGAAGAAUCAGGCUGUGAAGAGGAACUUGUACAAAUAAAUUCACAUGCAGAAUUAACAUCUCAUCUUCAGCAGCAUCUUCCAGAUCUGGCUUCUAUGUACCACGAACAUCUGAAUCAAGGUCCAGCAGUUCAUAAGCACCAGUACAACAGUGCUGUUACAGAUGUUAAUCUUGAUAAUGUUUGCAAGAAGGGUAAUACUUUACUGUGGGAUCUAGUCCAAGAUGACGAUGCUGUUCACCUUUCAGAGGGCUUAAUAAAUGAGGCUGAGAAACUUCUGUGUUCCUUAGUCUGCUGGUUUACUGACAGACAGAUAAGAAUGAGAUUUAUCGAAGGGUGCUUAGAAAACCUUGCUAAUAAUAGAUCAGUGGUAGUUUCACUUCGUCUACUUCCAAAGUUGUUUGGCACUUUCCAGCAGUAUGGCAGCAGUUAUGAUACACACUGGAUAACAAUGUGGGCAGAAAAAGAGUUAAAUAUGAUGAAACUAUUUUUUGAUAAUUUAAUACACUACUUCGAAGCAGUCCGUGAUGGGCUACAUAAACAUACACUAUAUAGCCACAGUGCUGAAGUACAGGUUCGAUUGCAGUUCUUGACAUGUGUGUUUUCAACAUUGGGCUCCCCAGACCAUUUCAGAUUAAGUUUAGAACAAGUCGACAUUUUAUGGCACUGCUUGGUGGAAGAUUCUGAGUGCUCUGAUGAUGCCCUGCAUUGGUUCUUGAAUCAAGUCCGUAGCAAGGAUCAACAUGCCAUGGGAAUGGAAACUUAUAAGCAUCUAUUUUUAGAAAAGAUGCCACAGCUAAAGCCUGAAUCUAUAAGCAUGACUGGUUUAAACCUUUUCCAGCAUUUAUGCAGUUUGGCUCGUCUUGCUACUAGUUCUUAUGAUGGUGGCUCAAAUUCUGAGUUAUGUGGCAUGGAUCAUCUGUGGGGCAUUGCUUUAAGAGCACAGUCUGCUGAUGUUAGUCGAGCAUCUAUCCAGUAUAUCAACUCUUACUACAUUAAUGGUAAAACUGGUCUUGAAAAAGAACAGGAAUUCAUAGCAAAGUGUAUGGAAAGUCUUAUGAUAGCAUCGAGUAAUCUUGAGAUGGAUUCUCAGUCUAGCCUUACAAUUAUUGAAAGAGGGCUUUUAAUGCUGAAGACACAUAUGGAAGCUUUUAGAAGAAGGUUUGCGUAUCAUCUGAGACAGUGGCAGAUCGAAGGCACGGGCAUCAGCAGUCAUUUGAAGGCACUUUGUGAAAAGCAGUCUUUACCACUAAGGAUUGUAUGUCAGCCAGCUGGAUUGCCAGACGAGGUCUUAUGGGGCCAGUUAGAAUGAUAUCUUCUGGACAUGAGCUUACCACUGAUUAUGAUGAGAAAACACUCCAUGAACUUGGCUUUAAAGAUAUGCAGAUGGUGUUUGUAUCUUUGGGUGCACCACGGAGAGAACGCAAAGGUGAGGGAGUUCAGCUGCCAGCAUCCUGUCUACCUCCACCUCAGAAAGACAACAUUCCAAUGCUUUUACUGUUGAAAGAACCUCAUCUUACAACGUUGUUUGAUUUGCUAGAAAUUUUAGCAACCUUCAAACCACCUUCUGGAGACGUGUCUAUGGAUGAUGAUGAGAGACUAAAAUGCGAAGAACUUCAUCUUCAUGCUGAAAAUCUCUCCAGGCGUGUCUGGGAACUGUUAAUGCUUCUUCCAACUUGCCCUAAUAUGUUAAAAGCUUUCCAGAAUGUUUCAGAUGAACAGGGUAUUGAUGGGAUUUUUUGGAAGGAAUUGUUGCGCCUGAAAAGUCCCCAUAAAUUACUCUAUGCACUUGAAAUUAUUGAGGCUUUGGGUAAACCUACUAGAAGAAUACGACGAGAGUCAACAGGAAGUUACAGUGACUUGUAUCCUGACUCUGAUGAUUCUGGUGAAGAUCAGAUAGAAAACAGUAAAAGCUCAUGGACGUGUAAGUUUAUAGCAUCUGGUGGGCUGCAGUUGCUGCUUGAAAUCUUUAAUUCAGGAGUUUUGGAACCGAAACCCCGAGAAUCAUGGACAGUGUGGGAACUAGACUCCCUUGCCUGCUUGCUAAAACUGAUAUGUCAGUUUGCAGUUGAUCCUGCAGACCUGGAUCUUGCCUUCAGUGAUAUUUUUGCAUGGUCUGGUAUGGCAGAAAGCCACAGGAAAAGAAUCUGGCCAGGCAAAUCGAGAAAGGGAGCAGGAGAACAUGGAAAAAGUAUACACAUACCUCGUCUAACUGAAGUAUUUCUUGAUCUCGUUCAUGGAACAAAUAUGGUCACUCGAUUAAUGGCGGUUGCCUAUACCUAUGACAACCUGCCACUAAGGAUACUCAAGUCUCAGUCAGAUCAUAAGUCACGGCAUGAAGUUAUUCAUUAUUCAAUGUGGUUGUUUGUAAGCUGGGCUCACUGCUGUUCGCUUGUGAAGUCCAAUCUGGCAGAUAAUGAAAAUCUGCAGGACUGGCUAAGGAACCUCACUCUUCUAAUUCCUGAGACAGCAGUUCGCCAUGAAGCAUGUCAUGGAUUAUACAGGCUGGCUUUAUGUGGAUUAAAUGGAAGUGAAGCAAUACAUCAGUCUUUUUUGCUGCUGGCAGCUUCAACACUACUUAAGUUCCUUCCUGAUGCUCAAGCCAUGAAACCUGUUAGGAUAGAAGAUUAUGAUGAAGAACCAGUAUUACGACCUGGCUGCAAAGAAUAUUUUUGGUUACUUUGUAAACUAAUUGAUAAUAUUCACAUAAAAGAUAUCAAUCAGACAACACUGCUUGAUUUAGAUGCAUUUGGAAGACAUCUUACUGACUGUAUUCGAAGCAGAGACAGUCUUGACCUAAAGGAUGGGAAUAUAGAAGAUGAUGGACUUACAGGACUACUUCGGCUUACCACUAGUGUCAUAAAACACAAGCCUCCUUUCAAGUUUUCUCGAGAAGGACAAGAGUUUUUAAGAGACGUCUUCAAUUUGUUGUUCUUGCUGCCCAGUCUGAAAGACAAACAUCCACCAAAAUGCAAAUCUCACUCAUCAAGAGCUGCUGCUUAUGAUUUGCUGGUUGAAAUGGUAAAAGGAUCCUUGGAAAACUACAAGUUGCUGCACAACUGGGUUAUGGCACAACAUAUGCAGACUUCUCAUGCACCUUACAAGUGGGACUACUGGCCUCACGAAGAUGUUCGAGCAGAAUGCAGAUUGGUUGGGCUGACAAAUCUUGGAGCAACUUGUUACUUAGCCUCUACAAUUCAGCAGCUUUAUAUGAUACCUGAAGCUCGGCAGGCUGUUUUUGCUGCAAAGUAUGCUGAUGACUUAAAGCACAAAACUACUCUUCUUGAACUUCAGAAAAUGUUUACAUAUCAGAUGGAAAGUGAACGUAAAGCAUAUAAUCCAAGGCCUUUUUGUAAAACAUAUACCAUGGAUAAACAGCCACUCAACACAGGAGAGCAAAAGGACAUGACUGAAUUCUUCACAGAUUUGAUCACCAAAAUUGAAGAGAUGUCAUCAGAUCUAAAAAACACAGUGAAAAGCCUUUUUGGAGGUGUGAUUACUAAUAAUGUUGUUUCAUUGGACUGUGAGCAUGUCAGUCAGACUGCUGAAGAAUUCUACACAGUGAGGUGUCAGGUAGCGGACAUGAAAAACAUUUAUGAGUCACUGGAUGAAGUUACUAUUAAGGAUACUUUAGAAGGUGACAACAUGUACACUUGCUCUCAGUGUGGUAAAAAAGUGCGAGCUGAGAAGAGGGCAUGCUUCAAGAAAUUGCCUCGUAUCUUAAGCUUCAAUACCAUGAGGUACACAUUCAACAUGGUUACUAUGAUGAAGGAGAAGGUUAACACACACUUUUCUUUUCCUCUACGUCUUGAUAUGACACCAUACACGGAAGAUUAUCUAAUGGGCAAAAUGGAUAGGAAAGAAGGGUUCAUUCAAGAUCGGGAUCACACUAAAGAAGUGGAAAGCUAUGAAUAUGAUUUAAUAGGAGUAACCGUCCAUACUGGAACUGCAGAUGGAGGGCACUAUUACAGCUUCAUCAGGGAUAUUGUCAAUCCUCAUGCAUAUAGAAGUAAUAAAUGGUAUCUCUUUAAUGAUGCAGAAGUGAAGCCAUUUGAUUCUUCUCAGCUUGCUUCAGAGUGCUUUGGGGGAGAAAUGACCACCAAGACAUAUGAUUCUGUCACUGAUAAAUUUAUGGACUUCUCCUUUGAAAAGACCCACAGUGCAUAUAUGCUUUUCUAUAAACGAGCAGACACUGAGGAUAGCAAUGGCAAAGAAUGCUCAUUUGAUGUUUCUUCAGAGCUCCUUGAGUGGAUUUGGCAUGACAAUAUGCAGUUCCUUCAAGACAAAAAUAUAUUUGAACACACUUAUUUUGGGUUCAUGUGGCAGUUAUGUAGCAGUGUGCCAAGUACAUUGCCCGAUCCAAAAGUAGUAUCCCUAAUGACAGCAAAGCUUAGUACAUCAUUUGUCCUUGAAACAUUUAUUCACUCAAAAGAAAAGCCCACAAUGCUACAGUGGAUUGAACUUUUAACAAAACAAUUUAACAACAGCCAAGCUGCUUGUGAGUGGUUUCUGGAUCAUAUGGCUGAUGAUGACUGGUGGCCUAUGCAGAUUUUAAUCAAAUGUCCCAAUCAGAUAGUGAGACAGAUGUUCCAGCGUCUUUGCAUUCAUGUCAUUCAGCGACUUAGACCUGUCCAUGCACAUCUUUAUUUGCAGCCAGGAAUAGAGGAUGGUUCAGAUGAUAUGGAUGGUCCUAUUGAAGAUAUUGGCAGCCGUUCCUGUGUAACUCGAUUUGUGAAAACUCUUAUGUCAAUAAUGGAGCGUGGUGUUAAACCUCACAGUAAAUACCUCACAGAGUACUUUGCAUUUCUGUAUGAGUUUGCCAAAAUGGGAGAAGAAGAAAGUCAGUUUCUUCUGUCUUUGCAAGCUAUAUCAACCAUGGUAAAUUUCUACAUGGGAGCAAAAGGAACUGAAAAUGCACAAGUUGAAGUGUUAUCUGAAGAGGAGGGAGAAGAAGAGGAAGAGGAAGAAGAUAUUCUUUCUUUGCCAGAGGAGAAAUACCGACCUGCAGCACUUGAAAAGAUGGUUGCUCUAAUGGCACUUUUAGUAGAGCAAUCACGUUCUGAAAGGCACUUGACUUUGUCCCAGAAUGAUUUGGCAGCACUGACAGGAGGCAAGGGGUUCCCGUUCUUGUUUCAGCAUAUUCGUGAUGGAAUCAAUAUUAGACAAACCUGCAAUCUGAUUUUCAGUCUUUGCCGGUAUAAUAACCGACUUGCUGAACAUAUCGUAUCUAUGCUCUUCACAUCUAUAGCGAAGUUGACUCCUGAGGCAGCAAAUCCAUUUUUUAAGUUGCUGACAAUGCUUAUGGAGUUUGCUGGUGGACCACCUGGAAUGCCACCUUUUGCUUCAUAUAUUCUUCAGCGAAUAUGGGAGGUAAUUGAAUAUAACCCUUCCCAGUGCUUGGACUGGCUGGCUGUACAGACACCUCGAAAUAAAUUAGCCCACAGUUGGGUGCUGCAAAAUAUGGAAAACUGGGUGGAAAGGUUUCUGCUUGCACACAACUACCCCAGAGUAAGAACAUCUGCUGCCUAUCUUCUGGUGUCUCUGAUUCCUAGUAACUCAUUUAGACAGAUGUUCCGAUCUACACGCUCACUGCAUAUUCCUACACGUGAUUUACCUCUCAACCAGGAUACAACCGUUAUACUUCAUCAGGUCUACAACAUGCUGCUAGGACUGCUGUCAAGAGCUAAACUUUAUGUUGAUGCUGCUGUGCAUGGUACCACAAAACUAGUUCCAUACUUCAGUUUUUUAACAUACUGUUUAAUCUCUAAAACAGAAAAGCUGAUGUUCUCCAGUUAUUUCAUGGACCUGUGGAACCUUUUUCAGCCUAAACUUUCUGAGCCUGCUAUAUCAACCAACCACAACAAACAGUCUCUGCUGUCUUUCUGGUACAAUGUUUGUGUUGACUGCCCUGAAAAUGUGCGUCUUAUUGUGCAGAAUCCUGUGGUUACUAAGAACAUUGCCUUCAAUUAUAUUCUGGCUGACCAUGAUGAUCAGGAUGUCGUGCUGUUUAAUCGUGGAAUGCUUCCUGCAUAUUAUGGCAUUCUACGAUUGUGCUGCGAAGAGUCUCCUGCUUUCACACGACAGCUUGCUUCUCAUCAGAAUAUACAGUGGGCUUUCAAGAAUCUUACACCUCAUGCUAGUCAGUAUUCGGCGGCAGUAGAAGAACUGUUCAACUUGAUGCAGCUUUUCGUAGCUCAGAGGCCAGAUAUGAAAGAGGAGGAAUUAGAAGACAUAAAGCAGUUUAAGAAGACUACCAUUAAUUGCUACUUGCGCUGUCUGGAUGGACGCUCUUGCUGGACGACUUUAAUUAGUGCCUUCAGAAUUCUUUUAGAAACUGAUGAAGAUAGGCUGCUUGUUGUGUUUAAUCGAGGGCUGAUUCUGAUGUCUGAGUCAUUUAGUACUUUACAUAUGAUGUACCAUGAAGCAACAGCCUGCCAUGUAACUGGAGAUCUGGUGGAACUUCUGUCAAUAUUCCUUUCUGUUCUGAAAUCAACACGUCCAUAUCUACAAAGGAAAGAUGUUAAACAAGCACUCAUCCAGUGGCAAGAAAGAAUUGAAUUCGCUCAUAAGCUUCUCACACUGCUAAAUUCAUACAGUCCUCCUGAGCUUAGAAAUGCUUGUAUAGAUGUUUUAAAAGAACUUGUCCUUCUGAGUCCGCAUGACUUUCUACAUACGUUGGUUCCCUUCCUUCAACAUAAUCACUGUACUUAUCAUCACAGCAACAUCCCAAUGACUCUUGGUCCUUAUUUCCCUUGUCGUGAAAACAUGAAAUUAAUGGGUGGAAAAAACAAUAUCCGUCCUCCUCGCCCUGAACUUAAUAUGUGUCUUCUGCCUUCCAUGGUUGAAACCAGUAAGGGGAAGGAUGAAGCAUAUGAUCGUAUGCUCCUGGAUUACUUCCUCCAUUACCACCAGUUCAUCAGUCUGCUUUGCCGUGUAGCAGUCAGCUGUGAAAAGUUUACAGAGACGUUGGUUAAACUAAGUGCUCUAAUUGCAUAUGAAGGUUUACCUCUUCAGUUGGCAUUAUUUCCAAAACUUUGGACAGAGCUGCAUCAAUCUCAGUCCACUAUGUCGAAGAACUGCAUUAAGCUUCUCUGUGAAGAUCCAGUUUUUCAAGAAUAUAUCAAGUGCAUUCUAAUGGAUGAGAGAAAAUUUCUGAACAAUAAUGUAGUUUAUACAUUUUUGACCCAUUUUCUUCUCAAGGUCCAAAGUCAUGUUUUCUCAGGAGCAAACUGUACCAGCUUCGUUAAUAAUCUCAUAACAAAUUUCAUAAAUCAGUACCGUAGUAUUGAAACAGAUUUUACAAAUCAAUCAGAUCUAUCCAGAGCAAGUGAAGCUCUGAAUGGGGAUCUCCGAGCUCUUGCCUUGUUGCUUUCUAUACACACCCCAAAGCAGCUUGACCCAGAUCUUAUCCCCACACUGCAAGAACUUCUAAGCAAGUGUAGAACUUGUCAGCAGCAGAACAAUUCAAAUUCAGAACAAGAAGCCAAAGAAGGAAAAGUGCAAGAUGAUGAAGGUGCCACACCUGUGAAACGAAGACGGGUUAGCAGUGAUGAAGAACACACAGUAGACAGCUGUAACAGUGAUUUGAAAACUGAGCCCAGGGAGGCAUUAACUCCAUCAAGUACGUCUGAUAACGAGACAAGAGACUCUUCUAUAAUAGAUCCAGGCACUGAACAGGAUCCUCCGUCCCCAGAAAAUGUUUCUGUCAGAGACUAUAAAAUGGAAACUUCAUCCACAUUUUCAGAAGAUGUAAAGCUAAGCACUAACCCACAGCACACUGAAGAGCUAGGAAGGAGAGGGAAACUAGAAGAAUGUAGGGAAUUGAAAGAACCCCAUGUUACAAAACACCUAAACACAACAGACGACAACUCUGAUUUCCUUUCCACAUCAAUUUCUACUGUUUUAUCUGAUCUAGCAGAGCUCAGAAACUGUGAGAGUCAAGAACCUUCUUCCCAAGAUCCAGAGACUAGUUUAUCAGUCAGCUGUGCUCAUUCCAGAGGACUGUUCAGUCAUACGCAGCAGGAUCUGCUAGACACUUUAUGUAGGACCAUACAGUCAGCAAUUAAUAUAGCCACAAGGAUAUCUGCAAAAGGAAACAGAGCUGUCUCUUGACAUUAGUUCUUGCAUGUCUGCUUUUAAAUCUUUUAAUGCUAUUUUAAGUUUUGCUUUUUCUGUUCUGUGCUUCAGUUUGUCGAGUGUUCCCUGCUUGAAUGACAAAAGAUAGGUUACUGUGCUUGAAAUUGUUUUGAUUCGGGGAAAACAAGACUACAGAUCAUUGAAAGGUUUGUAUCUGCAGCAUACUUUUAUUGAGGGGAAGCAGAUUAUUGGAUGUUUUACAUAAUUCUGAGUUCUCCUUAGUGGCUUUUCAUCCAGACUUGGCUGUGCAGGAGGAGGGGCAUCAUGCCCUAUACAAGAUGUAAUUUAAAUUUAUGACAUUUUUACUGUGUAUAAUAUGGUGUUCUUUGUGCCAGUUUUGUACCUUAUAAGAGAGGCAGAUUGCCUCAGAUUUCUGUGGUUAUCUUAUAAUAGAGGCAAAUUGCCUCAGAUUCUGUGGUUAUUAUCCAAAUUAAGUUUACUUGUAUACUAAAAGAGAAAAAAACCACAUGAAAUUUGAUUCUGUUAAGAAUCUUCUAUAGCUGUGGCCUGACAGUAUAAAUAUAUAUAAAUAUAUAUAUAUGUAUAUAUAUAUAUAUAUAUGGUGCUUUAUUUAACAGAAUACCUGUGGAAGAAAUAAAGCACAUUUGAUGUAAAAGUUUCAGCUUUAUUUUUUUACUUUAUAAAUUAAUCUUGUAUGUGCCCAACAUUGACUGUGCUUACUGGAUCUUUCUUUUACACUUGUAGAGUUGCCUGUCUCUUAAAGUGCUGCUACAAAUAUUUAAUAACCACAUUCCACAGUUUUGAGCAGCAGCUUCUGUUUAAACCUUAUUGUUGCAUUGAAAAACUGUUGACAGUUUGACACUAAUUUUUUUCUUCUUGUCAGAUGAUUUGGUUUGUUUAAAAGCCCACAAACUAAACCUUUUUUAACAUUUCAUACUUACACUUCAAAUGGUUUUAAAAUGUUAAUAUUUUUGCACAUACAGCAGUUGCGAUUCCUGUCAUGUCAAUUCCACAUGACCAUUUUGUGUCCGAUUUGUAUAAACAUUUGUGGGAGUGUACUUUGUAGUGGUUGUCUUGCUGUAUAAUGCAAGGCACCAUUAUCUUAUUUCUCAGGUGUGUGCACAUAAGGUAUGAAAGACAUACAUGAGGCAACAUUAUUUGGGGUCUCGAAACCAGAUUAUUUAACUGCUGUAUGUUUUCUUCACAGAACUCUCUUCAGUUUUUAGAAUUGCUACCCUCUGUUUGCACUUGUAGUAUGCUGCAUAUGACUCUUAACUCUCCUGUAAUGCACAUCUCAAAAUGUUCCCAUUCCCUCAUUAAAUGUGUUUGCUAAACAGGCUGUAGCAGUCACCUCAAUCAGUUUAUUAAAGUUGUAAUAUACUUUUCAUGGGGAGAAUAAUGUAUUCUCUGUGAACAUAUUUAAAUUAAAAAGCUACCAGUGAGAGGCUUCUUACAUGUUCUAAAAUGUCAUCUGUAAAUGAUGCUUGUGCUUUCAUUUUUUGUCAUACACUAGGCAUGAGUGAGGUCUUCAGAAACCCUGUUUUUGACAAUCGUAUAAUUAUGCUGUAUCUUUUAUUUUGACGAGCAAGGCCUCUGAGCUUAGUUUCUUUUAAAAAUGUCACCGAUCCUUAUUACCUCAGCCACAGAGUCAGUUUUUCAGAGGUUACUUGUUUUGAUCCAAGAAGUUUUCUUUGGUCUCUGCCCUUAGAUUCAGACGGACUCAUGUUAAUAGGCCAGCUGACUGCUUAUUUUCUGAUUAUUGUCAUGAAAGUAGAAGUCCUCAUUCCUGUAUUAUUCCCUCUACCUCUUGUCAGUAAAAAGCGGUGCAUAUUUUGUA